GUAGAUUUAGGCCUUCUCCGUUUUGUUUCUGGAAUUGGGACCCAAGGAGCCAUCUCAAAAGAAACAAAGAAAGAAUACUAUCUGAAAACAUAUCGUGUAGAUGUCAGCUCCAAUGGAGAGGACUGGAUUACACUGAAGGAGGGAAACAAGCCUGUUGUGUUCCAAGGGAACAGCAAUCCCACUGAUGUUGUUUACAGACCUUUUGCCAAACCAGUUUUAACACGGUUUGUGCGAAUUAGACCCGUGUCUUGGGAGAAUGGAGUUUCACUGAGAUUUGAAGUUUAUGGCUGCAAGAUAACAGAUUAUCCUUGCUCUGGGAUGCUGGGUAUGGUGUCUGGGCUCAUUCCUGACUCUCAGAUUACUGCAUCUACUCAAGUGGAUCGAAACUGGAUCCCAGAAAAUGCUCGUCUCAUAACAAGCCGUUCCGGUUGGGCACUGCCACCAACUACUCAUCCAUAUACAAAUGAAUGGCUUCAAAUAGACCUUGGUGAAGAAAAAAUAGUGAGGGGCAUAAUUGUGCAAGGAGGCAAGCACCGAGAAAACAAAGUAUUCAUGAAAAAAUUCAAAAUUGGCUACAGCAACAAUGGAUCAGAUUGGAAAAUGAUCAUGGAUUCUACCAAGAAAAAGAUAAAGACUUUCGAAGGCAACACCAACUAUGACACGCCUGAACUGAGGACAUUUGAACCUGUAUCGACAAGAUUCAUCCGUGUCUACCCUGAGAGAGCCACACAUGGGGGACUGGGGCUGCGAAUGGAGCUGCUGGGCUGUGAACUUGAAGCUCCUACCGCAGUCCCUACAGUUUCCGAAGGGAAGCCUGUGGAUGAGUGUGAUGAUGACCAGGCAAACUGUCACAGUGGCACAGGUGAUGACUACCAACUGACAGGUGGGACUACAGUGUUGAACACAGAAAAGCCAACAGUAAUAGACAAUACAUUACAACCAGAGCUGCCACUAUACAAUUUCAACUGUGCCUUUGGCUGGGGAUCACAAAAGACUUUGUGCCACUGGGAGCAUGACAACCAGGUGGAUCUAAGGUGGGCAAUCCUGACCAGCAAAACUGGGCCGAUUCAAGACCACACAGGAGAUGGCAAUUUCAUCUAUUCCCAAGCUGAUGAGAGCCAGAAAGGCAAAGUUGCUCGACUGCUGAGCCCAGUGAUCUACUCACAGAACUCUGCCCACUGCAUGACUUUCUGGUACCACAUGUCUGGCGCACACGUUGGCACCCUGAAGAUCAAGCUGAGGUACCAAAAGCCUGAUGAAUAUGAUCAGGUGCUGUGGACCCUGAGUGGGCACCAGGCAAACUACUGGAAGGAAGGACGUGUUCUUCUUCACAAGUCUGUGAAACACUAUCAGGUGGUUAUUGAGGGAGAAAUUGGAAAAGGAACAGGAGGAAUUGCUGUGGAUGAUAUUAAAAUUGACAAUCAUGUAGCACAAGAGGAUUGCAGAAAAUCAACUGAUGUGGAGAACGAAAUAGAUGAAGAAGACGACCCAGAAAGUAAUCAAACAGGGUUUACUCCUCCGUACCGUUCAGGUGAGGACUAUGAUGACAACAUCUCCAGGAAACCAGGCAAUGUCCUGAAGACCUUAGAUCCAAUCCUUAUUACCAUCAUAGCCAUGAGUGCACUCGGAGUGCUUUUAGGAGCCAUCUGUGGAGUUGUCCUGUACUGUGCCUGUUGGCACAAUGGGAUGUCAGAGAGGAACUUGUCUGCACUGGAGAAUUACAAUUUUGAACUGGUCGAUGGUGUAAAACUGAAAAAAGAUAAACUAAACGCACAGAAUUCAUACUCAGAAGCAUGAAGGUGUAAAGCGACCGGAGACGUUUCAGAGCAUCGGGAUGGAAGGACAUAGCUUGGUCUUGCUGGGGAACUGUUGAUCUUUUACUGUACAGGCUGAAAAGUGCAUUGAUGACACUGAGCCAAGCUUUUCUCAGGAGCUUCAAUGAGUGUGUAACCGAUGAACAUGGACAACAAUCUGUGUUAACAACCUGAAUCAUGUACAGUCUGCUUUUUCUGUUGGUUUUCUUUGAAAUAAUCGAAUGCUGGUGUUGAGACCAAGUAUGAUUGACUUAUAGUUCAUUUUGUCUUUCUUUCUCUCCCUCUCUUUUCUUUUCCGUUAAUGGAUAAUUUUGGUUUUACUGUGCAAAAUCCAAGAUGCUGUCACAAAAUGUAUUCAGUGGGGUCCUUUGGAUGGACAUGCUGUCUGUAGCUCAGUGCCCAGAAAAUAUUGGAGUAACAGCAAUUUAGUGGACUCCUGCACCUGUAUUUGUGUAUAAUUGCUCGUGUUGUGCAUAGGCAAAGAAGGGUUAGGAUGUUUUUGAAAGUACUGCUGCAUCAGUACCGAUAUAUUGUGUCAGCUCUGUUUACGAAGCAAUACAGUCAAAUUUUAUUGAUGUUUUUCAGUGUUGUACUAAAUUUUGUGCUUGUGAACUCCCUAAAAGAGUAUGUGCCAUCAUCAGACACAACUGGUAACCAAGUGUACUGCCUAAAAACUAAACAAAAAAAGUCCUUGGCACUGGCUAGUGUAUGUCCUCUCAAGUGCCUUUUUGUUUGUACUGCUUCUCAUUGUGUUAACAUUAACUACAGCUUCUCUGCAAUUACACCCUUGUCUUUAAUCAUAUUCUGAUGGCUCACUGACUAAAAGAAAAGUAUAUUUUAGUGUAAGAAAGUAGCCUCAGCAAGGCAAGGGCUAAUCAGAUUUGACAACCUGGCUCGAUUGUUCUGCUUUCUGUAUUUCAACUUCAUGUCUCUUGACCCUUUUGUAUAAAGCUGCAAUAUCCCCUUUUAUUGUUCUUUCAUAUAGAAUGUAUUUUCAAAUGUAAAGUCUCUCUCCCUUUCUCUUCUCUCUCUCUCUCUCUCUCUCUCUCUCUCUUUGUCUCUCUGAGUAGGUUGCAUAAGCAUUUGCCGUUGCCAAGGAAAGAAAACUGCAGCUUUAACUUGCUGGUAAUGGCAAAGGAUUUUAUUAGAGUUUGUGUUAAAAAAUAAGGGAAAAUUCUUAACUUUAUCCUCCAAAGUCGAACUUUGGGUUUCUUCUUAACAGCAUAAAGUGACAGUAUCUUUUUUCCUGAUGUCAUGAAACAUGUCUUUUAUUCUGAACAGCUUGCCUGUUAAUUACACUGGGGAAAAUACUUCCCUUACUGAAAAGAUUGCCUUUAAAAUGAGAAACUUUCCUCCUCCUGCCCCUACCUGAACUCCAAGUUCUGUUCUCUCAGUAAACGUGUAUUUUUAUGCUAAUCAAUGCUAAUUGGGCUUACACGUGGGUACUGAGGGCAGAAUGAAAUCCCACAGUGUAUGUAGGGUAUGUUCUUACCAUCAUGUUAUAUCCAAUUGGCAUUUCAUAGCAGGAGGUUUCUGUUUGACCAGUAGUGCAGACAGUGACCAAUUCAGUGAACUGAGUACUGUAAGCUGUUGGAAAAAAAUGUGUUUGACAAUUAUGUGGCAAUAUUUAUAAUAUUUUAGGACACAUAGUAUUGGACAAAUAAUAUUUAACAGCCUAUGCAGC